UUCACUUCUAUUGUGGGAAAGCGAAGGUUCAGUUUUACUCUGUCUUAAGUUUCUGAAAUAUAGAAUAAGCCAGGACAUCGAUUUAGGUCCAAGUACCUACGAUAUGGACCGCACACCAGGUCACGUGAGUGAGGACUUUCUCACGUGCGCUCUUUGUCAUGACGAAUAUACGGACCCGCGUGAGUUGCCAUGUCUUCACGCGUUCUGUAAGUCAUGUAUUUCCGAUCACAUGACCAAGGCCACCAAAGGCCAGAGAGCGCCAAAGUCAUUCGAUUGUCCCGUAUGUAAGCGUUACGUCGACGCGCCAGAUCCACACCAGCCCCCGACCGCUUGGUCGGACAUGCUUCCGGCAAGCCAUCUACUGACGAGCCUUAUGGACAGCGUCCGCCUUAGAAAUGACGUCAGCAAAUGCGAUCCUUGUUUUCGGCGGAAAGACAAAGUUAUCGCGGCUAAGUGGUGUAAGGAGUGCGCUGAAGCCCUCUGUGAGCAAUGCGUCUCUUUUCAUCGGUCCCUGAAGUAUUCGCAGAACCACACUCUGAUGGAUUUUGAAGAACUACGCCAGCAGCCAAUUAAGAACACCCUGCCGCGCCCACCAUGUCCGGAUCACGAGAACACCACGCUGGGGUUCUUUUGUGAGGAUCACCAAAAGGUGUGCUGUUCAUCCUGCGUCACCGUGGAUCACCGGAAGUGCUCCCAUGUCACCACGAGCGUCGACGCCGCCGCCAAGUAUCGAACCGAAGUGGACGUUUUGACUGAAAAACUACGUCAUCAGAACGGAUGGUCCGCUAGGAUUCUCGAGAAUCGACAACACAGCACGAAAUUGCUCGAUGACGCGGAGAGCCAGCUUAAAAGCCAGAUUGUCAGUAUCCGGUCACAGUUUGACGAGCUCCUACGGACCCAGGAAAAGAGAAUGCUUGAGGAACUCAAGAUGCUGAAAUCCAAAGAGAAACAACGCCACGAGAAAGAGAUCGCUAAAUGCGAGGAAAUGAUUUGCACCACUGGUAAUGCCUUGAAUAUUUUAAAGAACUCCACUCAGCACGGAACCGACUCUGACAUUCUUAUGUCCGUCAAUAGCGUCAAGAAAGAAGCUAGAAACUGCGAGAAAAACCUAUCCGAAAUUUCCCGCCAUCUUACGGAUAUCUUGCUGAUUUUCACACCAGAUCGACAACUGCAGCAGGUCCUAGGAACAUUGAAGGACAUCGGAAAGAUCUCGUUCACCCAUUCGCACGUGCAUGUGCAGCCGCCGUACAACCUUAACGUCCAAAACAUGACGAUCGAGUCGGAACCGGAAUCUGAACGCUACACCCCGGAAUCUCCGACAGUCCACGAAAAGGAGAAAACCAAACGCCUAAUGAUCGACGAAACCCCGCGCUCCUCACGUAUGUCUCAAGUCUCCCGCUCAAACUCCCGCCGCUCCAGACAGUCUCCCGUCCGUCAAUCGCCAAUCAUCAACUCUUCCCGCCAUUCUUCGAAUCUAAAUUCUUCCCGCCACUCUUCAAAUAUCAACAGUUCCCGCCAAAACUCGUCGACGAAGUUUCUCGACGACACGCCCCGAUCCAAGACAUCCAAACACUCUGAUAUAUUCCAUGCGACUAUUGACGCCAUCGAAGAUGAGGGCCGCCCACGGACGAACUCCCGCCUUCUCUCCCCCAUGACCCCUAUAGGCCGGUCAUCGGAUAGGAAGGUCAUCGCCAAUCCCGCAGGACUAGAGUUCUUCUUCAAGGCGCGCACAGCUCAGGACCGCGAGAACUGCAUCCUGACAGGCGCCACUUACUUAAUGGACGGCCGUAUAAUAUUGGUCGAUCAGAUGCUCCGGAAGUUAAAACUCUUCGAUCAGAACUACCACUGGGUCGGCGAGAAGGUGCUUCCGGCCCGUCCGUAUGACGUCGCCAACGUCACUGAGAAUGAGAUUGCCGUCACGUUCCCCAGAGAAAAGAGGAUACAAGUGUUUGCAGUUCGUCAGACGGACUUUCUCCCGACAUUUACCAUCAACACCGGCGCCAAAUGCUGGGGACUGGCUUACAACGCCACCUUCAAACGAUUCGCAGUCUGCUGUUACACUCAACCCCCCUGUAUAAAGAUCUUCUCUCGGAGUGAUGGGAGGGAAAUAAAGUCACUUGCACGUGACAGAACCGGUGUUGAGCUGUUUUUCUUCCCCGACUACGUUGCUAUGGACACCGCUGGGCGAAACCUGUUCGUCUCGGACAAGUACAAGAAGUCUGUGAUCGGUCUGACUAUGGACGGCGAAAAGCGUUGGGAGUGCAGCUACCACGGCCUCAAGAACCCCCGCGGCAUUUGUGUCGUUGGGCCACGCGUGUACGUCGCCGGAUGUCGCUCACACAGCGUUGUUCUACUGUCGACAGAGGGCGAGAUCGUGGGUGAGGUGAUUGUGGAGGGCAUCUCAUUCCCCAACAAGAUAUGCCUGUCCCCGCACGCCGACCGCCUCCUGGUCACCCAGUUCCAGGGCACACUCAUUGAUAUCGAGCGAAACACUGUGAAGAUAUUCAGGCUCGAUUAGAUAACCGUCGUUUGAUUAAAACAAAUAUUUAUUAUGGCAUUGAUCAGUAUUAUCGGCCUGUAUGUUCCUGCACAUAACCGCCUCUUCGUCAUUCAGUUCCAGCUAAAGCACCCUCAUACCCUAAUUGCCAUCCAGAUGAAUAUGGUCAAAAUCUAGCCUCCUGCCUGAAACUAAACACCUCCAUGAUCUUGAUGCAGAUUAACUGACAAUAUAUCGAUUUAAAACAAUUGUGCGUGUGCGUGCGUGCGUGCGUGCGUGUGUGUGUGUGUGUGUGUUUUUUAUAUACUAUCGGUAUUAUAAAUUUUGAUAUCCCCGCACGCCAGCCACUUGCUGGUCUACCAGUUUCCGGGGCACCUUCAUCGUCAUCGGAGAGUUUACCACUGUCAUCUGAACAAGUUCAUGCCUCCCGACUAGCAAGCAAUGUUUGAAUUUGAAUGCUACUUGAACCGUAUAUAAAAUGCAAAGUGUGCAAAUUCGAGUACACAGCCGAAAAAGUGUGUCAAACACAAUUGUGAAUGAUUGCUGAACAAAAUAUUUUCUUAAUGAACCCUUGAUAUGCUUGUAUAUCUUAUGGACACGUGCAAAACGUACUUUUUGGUACUUUUUUUUAGUUUUUCUUUGUGUUCUUCGACCGACCAAAUAGUGUAUCGAAUGACGGCUCAACGAACAUUUGUUAUAUUAUGAAUCAUUUAUGUAAUUGUCCAAGGUCAAAGUUAUGUUAUGAAACAGGAAAGUCGAACUAGUAUGGAUUGAAGGAAAACAAACACCGUUUGAAUGAAAAACGGGCAUUUAUUAAAAUGCCAUAAAUAUUGCUGAUUUAUUACAAAGGUAAUUUAGAAAAGUUUUCCGAAAAACAUAUCUGGUCCACGAAUCAUUUAUAUGUGUAUAUGUUUAAUGCAAACAUACAGAACGUAAUUGUAUUUGGUGAUUUUUAGAGUUUUCUUUCAAGAAAUAGUUUUUAUCUAACCUACUAGUUAAAUAUUUUGUUAUUCUUGUACAUGUUUGCAUCAUUUUGUCCUCACGAUGUAAUCUAAAGCUGCACUCUCACAACUUUUUUUAUUUUUUGUCUUGGAACGAGCCAAUUUUUGCGAAAAUCCAUGGAAACCAGUUAUAUAACAUUGCUGAAAAAAAUUAGAUCGCAGAUUUUUAUAUUUAAGUUAAAAAAAUGAUGUUGUAUGCAUUUUUGUCAAACCGUUGGUAACGGUUUAAGCCAUAAAACAUUAAUUUUCGAACGAAAAUAUGAAAAUCUACAAUCUGAAUUUUUGUCAGCAAUAAUACAUCUGUGGUUUGCAGAUAUUUACGCAAAAGAUGCUCUUUCCAAGACAAAAAAAAAAGUUGUAAAAAUGGUAUAUCUGUGUGAGUGCAACUUUAAGUCUAAUAAAUAUUAUGUUCUGUUCUGUUCUGUUCUGUUAAAUGGGAGAGUGUGCGGAAAGUGAGAGCACGUCUAUAGAUGAUCAUUGCAGUGGUGUAAUGAUUCUGUGGUUGUAUGCCAAUCUUACUUAUACCAAAUAUGUGCAUUGAAUGACAUGUUAUAACAGUAAAGGUUAUAUAUAUACAUUUAAUGACACAGAGCGUAUUUUUAUUUGGUGACUUUUGGUGUUGUUGUUUUAUACAAGAAAUAGUUAGUGUCUUGCCUACUGGUAAAAUGUGAGUAUUUUAUUUGGUGAUUUCAUUGAUGUUUUUUCUUCAAGAAAUAGUUCGUGUCUCACCUACACGUGAUAUAGGAAAGUGUGUGUAUUAUAAUAGCACGUGUUUUUUUCAUUGUAACUGUGAUAUAAUUCUGUGAUUUUUUUUGGUAACAAAAUGUUUGUGUUCUUUUAUAGACAAGUGUUGAUAAAAAGAUAAAAACGUAUUACGUAAAAUUUCAAAUAUUUAAUCUUUCUUUUCAUUAACAUAAUGCAUAUUUUAUUUUAGCUAUAAUUGUGAUGUGUAAAUAAAAUUA